UUUCUCCGCACAAACGUACAGAAUAUGCACAGGCGUGGUACGUAUAUGCCAUAGCAAGGUGUCCAUUUCUGAGAGGCUGUUGGAAUCAAAGUUCCACUUUUGCUCCGAGUUGCGCCUUACAUCAAGUGGCAAAGGACAAAUUAGGAGGAGACAAAGGAGAGGAGCGAGAGAAGGGGAGUGAUUAUGGAGAGAGAAGCUGAAGUGAAGCCGUCGAAAUUCAAGACGAUUUGUGUGUUUUGUGGGAGCAGCCAAGGCAGGAAGACGAGCUAUCAAGAUGCUGCUAUUGAGCUUGGCAAAGUUUUGGUUUCGGGGAGCAUCGAUUUGGUGUAUGGAGGAGGGAGCAUAGGGUUGAUGGGCUUGGUUUCACAAGCUGUUCAUGAUGGCGGUCGCCAUGUCAUUGGGGUGAUUCCCAAGACACUCAUGCCUCGAGAGAUAACAGGUGUAACAGUAGGGGAAGUGAAGGCAGUAGCUGAUAUGCAUCAAAGGAAAGCUGAGAUGGCCAGGCAUUCUGAUGCCUUUAUUGCCUUACCAGGAGGCUACGGAACGCUGGAGGAAUUACUUGAAGUCAUUACCUGGGCUCAGCUAGGAAUUCAUGAUAAGCCGGUGGGAUUACUGAAUGUUGAUGGGUACUACAACGCGUUGCUUUCAUUCAUCGACAAAGCUGUCGAGGAAGGGUUCAUAAGCCCGAGUGCUCGCCACAUAAUCAUAUCUGCCCCAACAGCAAAGGAGCUUGUCAAGAGACUGGAGGAAUAUGUGCCGCGCCACGAAAGGGUCGCUCCUAAGCUGAGCUGGGAGAUGGAGCAGCUGGGCUACUCUCAGACACAUGAUAUUUCCAGGUGAGGAAUCUGACUUUUGCUGGAGCUGCUGCAUAGAUGGGGAAUUCUAACUGCAUUUUGAAAUUUUAAAUUUUGCUAUAGAGGGGGAAGUUUUUGUAAAUUUUAUCUGGAAAACACACACACACAGAGACAUAUAUAUAUAUGUAUGUAUGUAUGUAAGUAUGUAUGCAGGACACACCUUCUAGCCUACCAAGUUUUUCCCCUCACUUGAUGAAUUGAUUGAUUAUACUGUUUUACUUAGCUUUGCUAUGUGUU